UGUAUCCGGUGACGUCAUCAAGGUGUUUUCCCUGAUUACGCAGGUUAAUUUGAGUCUUGUGUGUCUUAUGUCUUAACAGCACAGACACGGAGUUGGGGAUGUGAGUCACUGGCGGGGUUUCUGUGGAAAUCAAGAAGAAAAUCGGGAACUUCAGGAAGAGAAACUCCACGUGCUGUUGUGUAAAGGUGGACUAGGUGUCUGAAGACCUGAAACAUGCUGGACCGCUGGUUCACUGGCCUGCUCCUUCUGAUCAGUGGAGUUUCUGCUGUGAUUGUUCUGCCUCCAACAAAUGUGACUGUGAGCUGCCAAAAUCCCAAAGUCACAGUCAGCUGGGAGUACAGCACACAGCAACCGCAAACCAGCUUCAGGGUACACAUCCAGGGUUCUGAAGGGAAUAAUGUGAUCGAAACCACAGACCAUCAGUGUGAUCUGAGCCAUUUCAUCUGGGAAUCUGAAAAGCGCUACUUGAGCUACCACUAUGUCAAUGUAACGGCCUUACGGGGAGGCCGCCAGUCUGCAGCAGCACUCUCUAAAUCAUUCAGCUUUAACGACUUAAAGACGGCUGAUAUAAAAUGUAAAUUAAAUUUCCCUCCUGUGAAUCUGAAUGUGGAGGAUUCGGGGGCCACAGUGAGUUUCAGAAAUCCCUUCCACCACUACAGUGAACUGAAGCAGGCUACCAAGCCGGAUGAUGCCACCUUUAAAUUCACUGUCACUUCCGGUGGUAAAGAUUAUGGGGGUGAGGACUGCACAGUGAAUCAGCUGAACUGCAAAUAUGAUGUCCCCUUUCCCGAGGGUGUGGCGGAGUGCGUCACACUGACAGGGUCGGUGCUGGCCGGAAAUGAAGUUGGCGAAGUGUUGUUCAAUAAGACAGACAGCAUCUGUCCCAGUAACGCAAUGGGGGCCCACAUGAUAACGCUUAUCAUACUGCUGUCCGCCAUUGUCUUCGUAAUCAUUGUGGUAACAAUUAUCAUCUAUAAUACAAGGGCCUGGACGUGGACAAAGAAUACACCCAGUCUACCCAAGACUCUGGACCCACUGCUGCCAAACCCCAGCGAACGGGACAUGAAGUAUUGCCCCGUGUCCACCACAGAUAUCAGUCCUGUUACAGUGAUUGUCAGCUUAGAGGAGGGGGACCUCGAGGACAGCAGUGCCGGCUCUGAUUACCAGUCUUCUGCCGCCUCGUACAUGCAGUGCCGACCUCCAGAGAGACAGAGGAUAGAUGACGACUCUUCGGACGGCUCGGUGAAAACAGAGUGUUUUUCGAUUGAUUUGGAGGAGGAGGAGGAGGUGGUGGUGAAAGAGGGGGGGGAGAAGUCACCCUACGACUGUCCACAUAUUCUGCAGGUGGACAUGGGUGAGGGAGACAUGGCCACGGGUUACAGGGGUUAGUAAUACAACUGUCAGAGGACUUGAUUUUGGAUUCAAGUUUAUUUAAUAAUAGGUAAUCCAGGACCUCCGUACUUCGGGGCUAGCUAUGCACUAUAACGCCUGAACCGGUGCACUCAGGGAGUCGGUACUCAAGAGACCUCUUGGAGAAGUUGGGAGUGAUGCUGUACCCCCCCAAUCACCCUCAAACCUUCUUCUUUCUGACUGCACAGUUGAAGAUGCACUGAUCAAAUCUAAAAUUUUACUCUCUGAAGUGACCCUUAAUCCUCUCUCCAUCCGAAACAGAUUUUUAAGGAUUUCAUGUGAUUUGCAAACAGCUCCAGGAAAGAAAAAAAAAAUCACUAACCCCUAUAAGCACUCAACCUUUUUUUAAAACAUGUUUAAGUAUAUAUCGUUGGUUUGCCUUGUGGCUGUUUUUUGGAGGCAAAUACAAAUCUGAGGGCGAAUCGAAGAACUGCAACACAAAGAGGAUUAAAAAAAAGACUUCAGCGUGCGUUACCUCUGCACGGAACAACGUGGAGCAACAUUUUGGAGUAGGACUUUUCACCAUUGUGCAGUCUCAGCUGCUUUUUUACCCGUUUUUAACAUCAUUCAAAGAAGAUGCAGUAGUCAAUGCUGCUGUUUGACUCUGUUGUACCAGGGAAACAAACCAGUCACCUUCCAGCUGUUUUCUGUCUGCUUACAGAUGCAGCCAGCUAGAUCUCUCACCCUCAGCCAGGCUCCGCUCUUGUGGCAUUUUAUCAGAUGCAGCAGUGCAGAUUAUUAACGGGAAACUUUUAAUCUAGCUGGAAUUUAGCUGAAAGCGGUGGUUGUAUGUGUUGCUGUUAUUCAUGAAGGAAGGGGCUUUUUAUCUUUGCCAGCAUUUAUUAUUUUAUUUAAGGGGUGGUUCACACAAAAAAAGGAUCUUCCCACUUGCAUCAAGUGGCAUCUAAUCAUGUAGAUAGUUUUAGCUUUAUGAGAUGAGAUUUCUGCUGCGAUCCAAAUACAAUGAAGGUGAACUGAAAUACUUGAAAAACAGCAACGCUUCUUUUUAGAUAUAAUGAUCCACUUUCACCAGUUUUCAUAGGGACUAUUUCUUCGGUCGAAAGUAGUUCCAAUGAAAACAAUUCAUUCGCUGCGAGGUCUGGAUCGUCCAGAGCAAGCACGGAAACUUGUUUAUACGAAGUGAUGUUGCAGUUGAAUCUUCUGUCAUUUUUUUGGAGCAGAAUUCAAUUAAACUCCCAGUUUGGCAGUAAAAAUCUCAAAACCUGGACAAAUAAAACCAAACUACCACUAAAGGUACAUUUGGGUGAGCCUGUUCCUGGUUGUUCUGACCACCCUUAAGGGUUUUGUUUUACACGUUAAGUUAAACCGAGAACCUCAAAUAAUCUGGACUUUCCUGGCAGCAGAUUUGUAGGUGUUAACAUACCUUUCAAUUUUGCUGGCAGGGCCACGCCUUAUCAAUUCCACACAACUGCAAUUAUCACAGUUUCCAUCUGCUGUUGUUGGAAAACCUGUGACCUGCAAAACUGGCUCUGUAGGAGAUGGGAGUGUUCUUUUUCUUUUGUCUGCAUCGAGAGGAUUAGGUUUGUUGUUUACAUUACCCCAGGGUUGCUUAUGUUGUUAAAGUUUGUUCUCUCUUGUUAUAUAAAUACUGGCUUUUUAUACAGUUGCUAAUAUGAUUUCAAUAAAGACUAAUUUUACAAUAA